AUGAAUAACGAUCGCACAGAGAACGGCGCCGCACCGGUUGGCGCAACAGAUGCUGUUCUAAAACCAUCGGACCCAGUAGCCAAGGAUGCGAUACCUGUGCAAGGUCUGGACUUCGAUGCCUACAGUGGACGUAACAUCACCGUCACGGAACUCGCAGACAGCAUGUCUAGUAUGGGCUUCCAAGCAACAUCUGUAGGACAAGCAGUACAAAUCAUCAACGGCAUGCGAGCCUGGCGUGAUCCUGAAAGUGGCGACAAGACGACGAUCUUCCUUGGCUAUACCUCAAAUCUCAUCUCGUCUGGUCUACGAGAGACACUGCGCUGGUUGGUCCAACAUAAGCAUGUCUCGGCAAUCGUCACUACUGCAGGAGGAGUGGAAGAGGACUUUAUCAAGUGCCUCGCUCCUACUUACCUGGGAUCGUUCUCAACUGCCGGCGCCGCACUACGGAAGCAAGGCAUGAAUCGCAUCGGCAAUCUGCUUGUACCCAAUAGCAAUUACUGUGCCUUUGAAGAUUGGAUCAUGCCAAUACUGGACCAGAUGCUGGAGGAACAGGAAGCCGCCAAAGGUAUAGAGGAAGAGUUCAGCUGGACCCCCAGCAAAGUCAUCGCUCGUCUAGGCAAGGAAAUCAACGACGAGCGAUCGGUAUACUACUGGGCCUACAAGAACGAUAUUCCUGUGUUCUGUCCAGCCCUGACAGAUGGUAGUCUGGGCGAUAUGCUGUACUUCCACACCUUCAAGGCCUCGCCACAGCAACUCCGGGUCGAUAUUGUGGAAGAUAUUCGACGGAUCAAUACGCUUGCUGUUCGCGCCAAGCGUAGUGGUAUGAUUGUGCUUGGCGGCGGGAUCGUGAAGCAUCAUAUCGCCAAUGCGAAUUUGAUGAGGAAUGGUGCUGAAAGUGCGGUGUUUAUCAAUACUGCUAAUGAGUUUGAUGGCUCGGAUGCUGGUGCUAGGCCUGAUGAGGCUGUCAGUUGGGGCAAGAUUAAGGUGGACGGUGAGAGUGUCAAGGUCUAUGCCGAAGCCACCGUGGUGUUCCCGAUCAUUGUAGCCGCAACCUUUGCCAGAGUCGAAGAGAGGGCAUCCAAUGGAGCUUAG